ACGAGCCAAACUUUCGGAAUGGGCGAUACUUUGGAUGAAUUGCCUCCAACGCGGCGCGACAAGCCGCAAUCGCUAAACAUUAGCACGGAGGAGACAGCUACAGGCGAUGCUGCCAGCAGCAGCAGCAGCAGCUCCUCUGCCCGCUUCACGCGAACGCGAACACGCGACGAUCCGGUUCGGGAACGCGAUCACUCCUGCGACGAGCUGAGCUCCACGCACAAGCGGAAAGAAGAAUUUGCUGGAGCCGCGCCGCCACCACGUCGCGAGAGCCUCAAUAGCUGCGAACAGCAGCAGCAGCAGCCAAUAACUCCAGGCGGCACUCUGCACAAGGCGCUGGGGCUGGGCAGUCGACCAACAACUGCUGGCAACAAUCCACGGUACUCGUCCAGCGUUGUGGUUGGCGGUGGUGUGGGCAACCUAGCCGGCACCACCACGCGCAAGUGUGUCCUAACGCUGGACGGGUACUCCUAUGUCAUAGUUGCCAGCACGCCGGAGAGUCUGCCAACUAAACGUGAGGAGCCAAGCGCCGGUUCAGGUGCAGUUGCAGGUGCAGGUGCGGGUGGCAGCAGCAGCAGCGUAGGUAGCGGUGGCAGCAGCGGUAUUGGAGCUGCGGCAAGUGGUGGUGGUGGUGGUGCUGGUGGCGCAGGUGCAGCAUCAACAGCUGAGCCAAACAACGGCGAACAGAGCCCCACAAUCUGUGAGCUGAGCAGCAGCAGCAGCAGCGGCGGCGCCAAUGCGACAAUAAAUGGUCAAGUGGCAAAACACGGCUCACUUACCAUUGUACGGCGCUCGAAUAGUCGCAAGAGCUUCUCACAGAUCGACGGACAAUCGCAGCCAAUCGCCUCGCCAUCGUCGGGCAGCAUUAGCUUCUUCCAGACACCGAUCAGUGAGACUCUCGCGGAGCGACUUAGUGCUAAGGGCACCAACGGAAACGCACCCCUAACAGCCGCCGAUAAGCGUGCGGUAGACAGCUCAUCGCGAGUUCAAUCGAGUUUCGCUGGCAAAAUGCAACCGUCGUCGCCAAAUCAAACGAAUUUCGUAACCGAUGCAAAUAUACCGACAGCCGAGCGAGCCACCUUCGAUUAUAGAAUAAGUCGCGAUACCGGCGAGUUUCAGAACUCCGUAACCACCGGCCAAAUUGGCUCAAUAUUCAAUCCACUAAUGGAUCAAUCGUCGCGUCAAUCGUUACAAUCGGCCUCAAAUACUUCGAUCGGCGAUGUAUGGGACACGGAACGUUUGCCACCUGUCGAUACGCCAGAUGCUCUCAACAAAGCAGCUGUCAGAAUACGCAGCUUGCUGCGACGGAUGGAUCAUGAGACCGUUGCCUACGAGGAUAUGCAGCGGAAUCUGCACUAUGCGGCGCGUGUGCUGGAAGCUGUUUUCAUAGACGAGUCAAGCGAGGCUGCCAACAAGAGCUGCAACGGUAACUGCAAAAAUCUCAACAACAACAACUCAAAUACCAGCUGCAGCCUACACAAGGCAUCAGAAGCAGAGGCAGCGGCGCCAGCGACGGCGACGGUGACGUCGACGUCGACUGAGCAGCCACUAAAUGCAGACAAUCAAACAAACAAAGGAGCUCUGCCGCUGUCGCCAUCUGAGGCGCAGGUACCCAAAGCACUAGAAACAGUCACCGAAAGCGUAACAGAAGAGCAAAAGGCAGCAACACCGACAGCGACAACAACAACAACAGCGACGUCGACGACGACGACGACAACAGUUCCAACUGAGUCAGCAAGUGGCGCUGACGCAGGUCAAAGUGUUUCCAGCAGUAGCAGUUGCAGUAAUAAAGCGACCGUUCAGCGACAAAGACGCCUGCGCACACCGGUCUGGGCGAGAUCAAUGUCGACGAAUAAAACGCGCCUGGCCGACGAGGACGAUGAGCUGUCCGAGGUGCAGCCAGAUGCGGUGCCGCCGGAGGUGCGCGAGUGGCUGGCAUCCACCUUUACGCGCCAAAUGGCAACCACACGAAUCAGAAGUGACGAGAAGCCCCGAUUCCGAUCAGUCGCUCAUGCCAUACGAGCGGGCAUCUUUGUGGAUCGCAUUUACAGGCGUGUAUCCAGCUCUACGCUGAUGCAAUUUCCACCUGACGUAGUCAAACUUCUUAAGAAUCUAGACGAAUGGACUUUCGACGUGUUUGCAUUGACCGAGGCAGCCAGUGGUCAGGUGAUUAAGUAUGUUGCCUAUGAUCUGCUCAAUCGUUAUGGUGCCAUGCACAAGUUUAAAAUAUCGCCGGGGGUACUCGAGACAUUUUUAAAUCGCGUUGAGGAGGGCUACUGCCGCUUCCGGAAUCCAUAUCACAACAAUUUGCAUGCUGUCGAUGUGAUGCACACGAUGCACUAUUGCUUGUGCAACACGGGCCUGAUGAACUGGCUGACGGACUUGGAGAUAUUCGCCUCGUUGCUGGCGGCGCUGCUGCACGACUUCGAGCACACGGGCACCACUAACAAUUUCCACGUGAUGUCCGGCUCGGAGACGGCGCUGCUAUAUAACGAUCGAGCGGUGCUGGAGAAUCAUCAUGUGAGCGCUAGCUUUCGGCUGAUGAAGGAGGACGAGGCCAAUAUACUGUCGCACUUGUCGCGGGAUGAGUACAAGGAGCUGCGCACGCUCAUCAUUGAUAUGGUGCUGGCCACCGAUAUGACGUAUCACUUUCAGCAGCUGAAGAUCAUGCGCAGUCUGCUGACAUUGCAGGAGCCCACCAUAGACAAGUCGAAGGCUUUGUCCUUGGUGCUGCACUGCUGUGAUAUCUCGCAUCCGGCGAAGCACUGGGAUGUCCACCAUCGCUGGACCAUGCUGCUGCUGGAGGAAUUCUUUCGGCAGGGCGAUCUCGAGAAGGAGCUGGGUCUGCCGUUCAGUCCGCUGUGCGAUCGCAAGAGCACGCUCGUUGCCGAAUCUCAAAUCGGCUUUAUCGAUUUCAUUGUGGACCCCAGCAUGAGCAUCAUGUCCGAAAUGCUAGAGCACAUCUUGACGCCAAUCGGGCCGGCCAUCAAGGCGAAGCCGGCGUCCGUGCCCGAAGAGAACCCUGAUCACGAUAUGGAUGAUUCGAAAAAGAAUGCCUCCUGCUCUAUGACGCGCAAGAGCUUAACCGGCGCAAAGUUUACCAUUACCAAACCCUGGUUGGCUUGUCUAUCCGAAAACAAAAAGAUCUGGAAGGAGCAGGCUAUCAAAGAUGCCGAGGCACGUGCGCUGGCCGCCGCUGCCGAAGCCGCAGCUGAAGCUGAGGCCGAGACCGAGGCCAAGCCCGCUGGAGAAGCGGCAGCCGAUGAGCCGAAGGAUGCGGCUGCAGCCGAGAGUGCAGCUGCCAACUGAAGCGCUGUGCCCUGAAGAAGCUGCAAAGCGUUAAAUAAGUGAACCCUAAGCGAUAUGCAAUAGUUAAGACAGAUAAAUACCUACAUAAAUACAUACAUAGUUACUUACAAUCUCUGCACAGAUAGCUCGAACAAUUGUAUAAACAAAACCAAGUAUUUGUUGCUUAACAAUUAUUGUUAAACAAAAGAAGCAGAAAUAAUAAUUAUAUUGGCUAAAUGUGCGUGCAGCUGCUUACGCGCAAUACUUUCAUGUUAGUAGAUCAAUCAAAACAAAACACACAAAAAAUAUGAAUAUUUAUGAAUGUACCAUAUAAUAUAUAUGCUAAUAUAUUAUAUAACUUGUUGCAACUAGUUUGUUAAACAAAAGAUAACUAAACAAAAGAGAGAAAGCAAAUAUAUUAGAGCAAAGCACAAUUCGAAAGUGUUUUUACGUUUUGGUUAUAUAGAAAAGAAAAUAUUUUGUAAAUAGUUGACAUUUAUAGAAAGUCA